GACACCGAGAACAAGCUGCGGGUCCUCACUCAGAAGCUGGAGUCUGACGGCAAGUCCCACCGCCUCGCAGUCGCCGCGGCAGCCAGGGAGAAGCUGCAGCUGGAAGGGAAGCUGGAGGAAGCCGCCGCCGCCCUCGAGGCGCGCGACAAGGAGGCGCGCGCGGCGGCACUCGCGGCGAAAGACGCAAAGCGACGGCUGGAGGAGGCGAGGCGGGAGGCGGCGAAGGCCACGGCGGGGCUGGACGCGCGCAUGCGGGCCGCGGUGGCGGAGGAGGCCGCGCGGCAGCGGCGGGAGCGGGACGGACGCGUGCACCUGAUGCUCUGCCUGAUACGCGACGACGGGGGCGGGCGCUGCGGCCGCGCGUCGCAUUGGCACCCGGCCUCGGCCGCGACAGCAGCGCAGGCUGUCCCUGGUUCAGGGGGCGCGGCGGGUGCCACGUCGGCGCCGCCUGGCUCCGGGCAUGGGCAGUGCGAGGCUGACUGCCAUGAGUCACCGGGGGCCGGCAGGGCAGCUUGGGGGCCGCAGCUGUCGCCCGAUACGGCGGCGACCCGCAUCCAAGCGGCCGCGAGGGGCCACCUCGCGCGCAGGCGCGUGGCGUCGGAAAGGCAGCGGCGGGCGCGCGCGGCGGUGGUGAUCCAGGCGGGGGCGCGCGGCAUGCGGGCGCGGCUGCUGGCUUUAGAACUGCGGCUGGAGGCGCGGGAGCAGAGGGAGGAGCGGGGCGGCAGCGGCGGCGGCGGCGGUGGGGGUACCCCUGUGGUUGUGGGGUCGCGCAGCCGUGGGCGGCAGCAGCAGCAGCAGGGCGACGGCCAGCCGCUCCCAUGGGAGCUUCCAACGCUCCCAGCUGGCGCAGACUCGAGCGGCCAGCCGCUCGCGCGCCGGGCAGGCAGCAGCAUCACGGCAGGCGGCGGCGGCGGCGGCGGCGCCCGUGGCGGUGGGGGCGGCCGGGCGCAAGGCGCGCGGCCGCCGGCAAGCGUUCCAGCGGGCGCACAGCACUCACCGCGACCCCCGGCGGGGAACAAACGGGAGUCUGCGCCGGCAGGCAGGCGGGCGGCGGCUCGCAAGAGCUCGGUCGGCGCGGCGCAGCCGGCGCAGACGAUACGGAGUAUUGCGAGCGGCGCGGGCCUCGCAGCAGGCAGCAGUGUUGCGCCUGCCGGCAAGCGAUAG